GAUAUUCGUGCGUGAUGACGUCACGGCGCAUGGUAGCUCGUGCGUCGUGACGUCACCACGCACGAGCGUAUCCUGCAGCCACCUCACUUCCUCUUCGUCCCAGGUCGAGCGACGUGGACCCCCUCCGAUCCGGGCCCGCGGCAACAGCAGCAACAGCUUCAGCAACAGCUUCAGCAGCAGCAGUUGCGGCGAUGAUCACGGACGUACAGCUCGCGAUCUUUGCGAACGUUCUGGGAGUGUCGCUCUUCCUCCUCGUGGUUCUGUACCACUACGUGGCCGUGAACAACCCCAAGCGCAGCGCCUGAGGAGGCCGUGUGUGGGUGAGCGGCCGCGAGGGCGAGCCACUCGGAGGGAUGACGAGGAGCAGGUGGAGCAGGAGGAGGAGGUGGUGGUGGUGGACUCCGCUUCUCGUGACGCCAACUCACCGCGACCUCAAUAAACACGAGUGAUAUGA